AUGUCUUCAGUUCCUGGCUCCAGAAGAAGAGCAGUAAACAGAAGCAGUGAAGAUUGCUAUGCUUCUCCCUCGCUGCCAUCUCUCGAGUCCUCUUCACCUUCUCCAGGUCCCUCCCCCCCUCCCCUCCCCAAAAGGCAGAAAAGGUCUUCCGGCUCCAGCUCAGAUUCGGACGAAUCGACGAACGGCAUAAGGGUGGAAGAUUUUCGCGUCGGAGGGCCAUACCUCUGUGCCCUUCCAACCCUGAAUUUGGCCCUAUCUGAGCAACAUCCAACCUUCAAGAAGUGGAAAUCUGGACUUGAACAGGGCAUAGUUGACCUGCUAAAUCGCCACUCAAUCCACUGGAAGACUCUGGAUCUUGUAGAUAGACGAUCUGCAAGGUACGACGACGAUGGAAAAACAGAAACAGUUAUAGUUCCAGCAACCAGAGACAUUCCAGAUAGAUCAUGGCUGAAUGCUUGCCUUGACAUUCGCAACUUAUUCCAACUCCACAAUCUGCCUACCCUCAAUAUUGAGAUCAUUGACCCACAAGCAAGUGCGGAAAGAUACACCUUUCCUGUUUUUGAGGAUGACAAAAUUUACCCCAAGUGGCAUGACUUAUCUGCACGUAUUUGUGAACUUAUUGGAAUGGAAGGCUGGCUGUCUCUGGAGUGUUUUCGAAGAGGCACAAGUCCAGAUCGCCAAAAUAAUCCACCCACAAUUGUUUUAUCCAUCCCUCUGGAUGCACCAAGAACAUGGAAGGCAGAACGUGAUCAGAUUACUGCAUUAUUAGAUGAUGAGGGUCUCCAGGAGGUAGCUGUUGAAGUUGUACGAAGUUACAUUUGGAGAACAACCGAUAUGGACCUCACAAGCGUUAUCCUCCCGGAUAAUGCCUGGGAGCAAAAAGCACAAUUGGGGAUGAGCAUCGCGCCGCACGGCUCAGAUUAUAGUGGCUCUACAUUUGGUGGUUUCCUCCAACUGUUACAUCCAAGUACCAAGCAGUGGAACACCUUUGGAUUAACAUGCUACCAUUGCGUUGAUUCAGAGGAAGGGAGUAAUGACUCCUCUCGCUUGUCUAAAGAUGUCAAAGAAUGGAGGGAGACUGGCAUGAGAGUUGACCAAGCGAAAUCUGCCAAUAUCCUGAUAGAUCAGCCAGCGCUAAAGGAUCACAUGAAGAGAAUGGAACUGAUUGAGGAAGCAACAGAGGAUUGGAUGAAAUCCCCGAUACGAGAACGCAUAGAAGCUGCCGUGUCAAACAAUGAAUUUAUCACUCCAACAGAUGAAGCCCAGUAUAAACGCUUCCAGGACAAUAUAAAUCAGCUUCUCACUAUCAAACACAAAGCUGAAAAGUUUUUUGCCGCAGGAGAUGCCCUUCUUGGAAGAGUUUCUGCUGCUUCUAGGUACAGAUUCACCUCCUUUCCCAUGAAAAGACAGCUAGACUGGGCCCUAAUUGAGAUUGUUACACCCCGUAUUGGUAGUAACAACGUACCGCCCACUGGAUCAUAUAGAGAUGGAUUCGCAGACUUUUCGGGACAACUUAUGGAGCAGUCCUCUGUAAAUGACCCUCCUCACGGCUCAGCUUUGUACAAAAUUGGCCGGCGGACCAAUUUCACCAGCGGAAGAUAUCAGGGAUUGCACAGUGUGCACCUUGAGUCAUGGAAAACUGACAAAACUGACAAGAAGGCAGUGGCUGUGAUGGAGGAAGCAGCAGUUACAGACAAGAAUGGAUUACAGUUCUGUGCACCAGGAGACUCCGGAUCAUUUAUAUUUGAUGUGGAGACGAAAUUCGUAGGGCUUUUGUUUGCAGGGAAUAUGGAAACUGGGGUGGGAUACUUUACCCCUGCAGCGAUCUUGUUUGAAGAUAUCAAGGCGAUGACUGGAGCGCUCGAACCAUACCAGCUGGUUAAAACCGAGCGAUUGAUGUUGGAAAUUGGGUGUGAAAUGCAUCAGGCCAAUGUCUACGCGUGGAGUCUGCUGGAAUGGAAGGAUGGGACGGAUAAGAUCAGCGAUAUCAGUGGCCCAGGGGGAUCUCCCGUCGACGCAGCGCAGGACAGGGUGACCCUACACUAUACUAUGGCAGGAAGCGAGAGACGGUGCAUCGUGGAUAAAUACCAAUAUUGUAUCCACGCUGAUAGAGUUUGA